AUGGUCGCUGCCGACUCCGGUACGCCGGCCGAUAGGUCUGGUUUGACCUACUCGCCCCGUGACUCCCUCAAUGCCGCUCCCAGCAGCAGUCAUGGCGACCGUACCAGGUCCCCGGAGACGCUCUUGCUUCAGUCGGCCCUUUCAGUAGACGAACUCGCGCCUUCCGUACUGCACCCCGAGUACCAGUUCGCGUCGCCGCUGCCAGAGCUUCAGAUCCGUACCGAUUUGCCCAGCGUCCGUCCGACCAGCUCAGGCAAAGAAUCCGAUCCCCUCGCCUCGAACAGCUUGUCGUCGGGGAGCUUCCCGCAUCGUACCCCGAGCCUGCGCGCCCUCGCGGCUCCCAUUUCGAGUGCCGGAUCGUUGUCGCCCGCGUCACUCAUGUCAUCCCCUCAACUCAACGCCAUGGGUGAUAUCACCCCGCUGCCGUCACCUAUCGGCGGUUCGACCCCAUGGCGGAGGGGCGACUUACCAUCACUCUCACGCACGUCCUCCUUGGCGUCACGGAGCGGGUCCAGCUUGCGGCUCAGCGAUUCCUCCCAGAUGCUAGGCCCGUCGACUCGGCCUCGCAACAAAUCAUACACCGGGUUAGAGCAAUCCGGGCGAGAGUCGCCGGUUCCAACCCGUGCUUGGAGGGAAUCAACCUCGACACAUAGUCGCAAUCGCAGUCUGAGCGACUAUGUGCCUCCCGGUCGUCCGUCUGUUUCCCCGCGACCUAUCGCAGUCUCCGGAGCAGGUGUACCAGGUAUCACAUCGUCCUCGAGUACUGAUUCGAAAUCCAAUACCUUGCACCGCGAACAAUAUUUGGCCGUUCAUCGAGGAAUCGCCUUACCCACCAUACGCCCGCCGAGCCCUCCUCGCAGCAGUGGGAGUGGUUAUGGGGACAGCGACGUCGAACCAGUCAUCCGUCACCCGACGCCGCUCAGUACCCCCGAAGAAAUUUAUUCGGUGCGCUCCAUUCGUACGGAUCAAGCCCGCAUUUACCGAAAACUACGGGUUUUGGGCCAAGGCACAUUCAGCCAAGUCAGUCUGGCAGCUAGAGUGGAGCAGGGCCUUAGUACGCAGUUUUCGCCCUCGACCGAUGGGCCGACCGAUGGGCCCAGCGAUAUGGAGCCCUCUGUGUCACAGAAGCUGGUCGCGAUCAAGAUCAUUGAGCAUGGCCCAGCUGGUGGGGCGGACGAGGAACGGCUGGAGGUGUCGCUCAAGCGUGAAGUGGACAUUUUGAAAUCAGUCAACCACCCGUCCUUGGUCCAGUUGAAGGCGUAUGGAAGUGAUGCGAAGCGUGCUCUACUGGUUCUCGACUAUUGCCCCGGGGGGAUCUAUUCGAAUACGCAACCUCGGGGCCUCGGCGCAUGUCGCCUGGCCUUAUCCGUCGUAUUUUCACAGAGCUGGUAG